AUGGGGAUGUCCAUCGAGAAACAGCCCAAGACCAUGUUCUCAAUGGACCCAGAGUCAUUGCCUAUUGAAGGUCAAAUCAUCGACAAACCCCAAACUCAAACACGACGAGGCAUCAAGUCAAGACAUGCUCAGAUGAUGGCAAUCGGCGGUGCCAUUGGUACUAGUCUCUUUGUCGGCACAGGCGAAGCGCUAGCCCUCGCGGGCCCAGCACUACUUCUGAUCGCCUACAUCGUAAUCUGUAGCCUCGUCUACGGCGUCCUAACAGCGACCUGCGAGAUAAAUACUUUUUUACCAAUCUCCGGUGCAUCGCCAGCCUACUAUGCCGCUCAAUUUAUAUCACCUAGCAUUGGUUUUGCGCUAGGGUGGCUAUACUGGUAUUCAUUUGGAAUAAUCGUCGCCUACGAAAUCACAGCUGCGGCAAUUGUCAUUAAUUACUGGCCCAACUCGGUUCCCAUUGCGGCCUCCAUCACAAUAAUGCUAGUCAUUAUCCUGGCUCUCAACUUCGCUCCAGUGGAAGUCUAUGGCGAGACCGAAUUUUGGUUCGCGUCUUUGAAAGUCCUAAUGAUCAUCGGCCUGCUAGUCCUAUCCUUUAUUCUCUUCUGGGGAGGCGGACCAGAUCACCAAAGACUGGGCUUCCACUACUGGAAAGAACCAGGUGCAAUGAAGCCCUAUCUCGUCAGCGGUGACUCAGGCCGCUUUUGUGCGUUCCUUUAUGUGUUAUGCUACUCUGUCUUCUCAUUCAACUUCACGCCAGAGUUGAUCGUCAUCGCUUCAGGCGAGAUGAAAAGUCCACGGAAGAAUAUUCCUCGCGCAGCGAAGAUGUGCUUCUGGCGACUGCUGAUAUUCUAUAUCGGUUCUAUCCUAGCGAUGGGCGUGAUCUGUCCAAGCGAUGCAUCCGGCCUAACAAACGGCUCCGGCGUCGCGGCUUCACCAUUUGUGAUCGCUAUCAAAACCGCCGGGAUCCACGGCCUCGACAGCGUGAUCAAUGCUGUGAUAAUCACAUCUGCACUUUCGUCUGGCAACUCCUACCUCUACAUGUCCAGUCGCUCACUCUACUCUCUAGCUAUAGCGGGUAGGGCACCGAAAAUAUUCACCAGGUGUAACAGCUACGGACUCCCCUAUUACGCGGUGAUGGCGAGCUCUCUAUUCGCAUUUCUCGCGUACAUGAACUGCGCAAGUAGCCCGGCUACAGUGUUCAACUGGUUCGUCAGCGUCACGAAUACCGCAGGGUUCAUUUCGUGGAUUUGCUGCUGUGUUAUGUUUCAUCGGUUCCGCAAGGCAUGUCGACUGGCUUCGAUUAAACCAAGUGAUCUGCAUUAUUCGUCGCAAACUCAGCCUUAUCUUGCAUGGGUCGCAACUGUGAUGUUCCCCAUUCUGCUACUGUGCAACGGAUUCUAUGUUUUCUUUCCGGGACAUUGGUCUACAACCGACUUCUUGGUCGCAUAUUUUGGGAUUUUUGUGUUUUUGGCCUUUUAUAUUGUUCAUCGUUUGUUGCACUGGGAAGAUGCUUGGAUGAUCAAAGCCGAAGACAUUGAUUUAACAUUGGGAUUGGAGGAGAUUGAGGCACUUGAAUUCGAAGAACCUCAUCGGGUCACUAGGGAAAGGUCAGAAGUGAGUAGAAUACUUCGAUUAUUAUGGGAAUGA